CCCGCCGCCGCUCCCCUCCGCGCGGCUCCGCACCGCGGGGCGGCCCAGGCGGCGCCCAUGGGCUGCGGCAACUCCACGGCCGGCGGCGCGGGCGGGAGAGGUGCCACAGGGACUACUAAAGAUGCAGCAGAAGAAUCUGUAUCAGAUGAUGACAAAAGGAGGAACUAUGGGGGUGUGUAUGUUGGUCUGCCAUCAGAUGCAGCUGCCAUGGUUUCCAGUCAGACGAAAACUGCACCAAAAGAUUAGAAGGAAAUAAACACAUCAAGAUCAAAACAGCUGGAGCAGUUUUCUGCAAAGACCAGUUACCAGUACUUUAGAGAGAGUUGUCUUUCUGCUGAAGAUUUUUAUAUUUACGUAGCCUUCCAGAGAGCAAGACAGAUCAGAACACCAAAAAACCUAAACUGUUGCAAGUUCCAACUACGGGUAAAGCUUAAAGUACAACGUUGAAUCUGUUUGCUAUGGUGAUUGCAUUAUGGAAACCUCCUGCUGUUCUCCAGAGGAAAAAUGAAAUUAAUGAACUCAUGGUGGAUGUUUCUGCACAAGAGCUAACUUUGAUGAUCUGCAAGUUAUUUCUCUGUGGCCAUAUUGCAGAUUUCAUCAGCUAUCAGCUGCGCUUCAUAUAUUUUCUCCAAAAAUUUUUAAUAGAUUUUAUAUAGGAAAUCAUUGUUACUGUCCACUUAAUAGUUCCUAUGGUAGAUUCUUAUAAAUUAAUUGUUAAUUUACUUCAGAGUAAUAUAUUUAACAGAUUUGCAUCUUUUUGGUAAUAUUGCAAAUUUUACUAUUUUUGCUGUGAAAACUUACUAGGAUGAAAUAGGCAAAAGACCAUUGGGCUGUUUAUAAUUACUAUCAUCAAUUUUUUACAUUGAAACAAAUACUAGCGUUUAAUUUUCACCUUUUAAAAAUACAUUGCUCAAGGAAAUUUGUUUAAAUAAGGACAGUGUAUCUCAUCGUAAUAUGUAUGUCUGUUUUCAUUUUCUUCAGCUUUAUCUCUUUUACAAAGCAUUAUGUGAAAAAAAAAAAUGAAUGAACCAAACUAUUAUGUUAUGUUUUCCAUUCUAUGUGAUAUUACAGUGACAUUUCCUUGGGUGAGCGUGAAGUGAUGGUAUUGUCAGAGAUAGCUGACUAAAAUCCAGUGUUGUGUCCUCUUGAAAUGUAGUGAGUUUGAUCACUAUUUGAGUUUUGUGUCUCCAGCUUAUCUCCUAUCAUCUCAAGUAUGGCAAAUAGAAGCGGAAUCGGUGUUGUUAUUAUUUCAGUAUAUUAAUAUAUGAAGUUAUGGAUGGGGGGGUUAAAAUUCAUUGCGUUUAUAACACCUGGAGGUUUUUCACAAAACAUAAAUCAAAUGAGAUGGCACAUUUCCAUAUGGCUGAACAAGUAUCAUAGUUAUUAAAACUUUUUUGCAUAAUUUGUUAGUCAAACUUUUUAAAAAAGACACUCAAAAAAAAAAAAAAAAUCCACACCACGUUCAUGUAUUACAGUAGAUUAAUGACCACUCUUAAAAUAAAAAGCAAAAGCAAAACAGAAACUUUGGGCAUCAAAUGAAACAUUGAGAACCCUGAAAUCCCUGCCCAUUUCACCAAUACCUAUUAAGACCUAUUAGGACCUAUUAAGGAAUUAUUGACCAGGAUUUCUUGCAGCUUCAGCUUUAAAACAAGCAGAAGUUAGUGUGAAUCUGUAAAGAGAAGUAUAUAAAAAUACUUCUUGCUUGCCACCUUUUCAGUGUUUGUGGCAAUAUAUUCUUCUGUUCUCAAGAACUCUGCUGCUUUGUUUAUCAAUGCUUUCAAGCUUCCAGUUCCUAAAGACAAAUAUACAGUUCAUACUUGACCCCUUCAACCUAGAACCAAGCUGAAAUAACUUGAAGAUUAAGAGUUGGUGUUAAAAUAUCUUAUUUUGAAUGAAUGUCUGUAAAUUACAUCUGCAGACUCCUGUUCUUACAAGCCAAGCUGAUGAGAAUUCAAAUAGUGUUGGGUAAUGAAUGUGCAGUUUUGCUUCCUGCCAGCUUACCGUAGCAUAAGGAUAUAGUUUCCAUAUCACAUGCUCACAUCAAACAAUCUAAAUGGUUUGAACAGCACAAGUUUGUUUAGCAGAGAACAGCAAGGCCCAUGUCUGACCUAAACAUGAUUGCCUUCUGAGAGGAAAGUAAACAACAAAGCAAACAAAAACAUCACCCCAGAAACCAACAAGAAACCAGUCAUCCUAGGAUACAUCAUAGUUCAUAGUUAGAAAAGCCAGUGAUAGACACCAGUAGUCUCUCCUUCCCUUGCUAGGAAGAAUCAUUGAAAAAAUGGACUAGGCUGUAUUCAAACAGCUCUUGUUCUGCUACUGACAUGUGAAGCCCCUUAUGUGGAUUGAGAAGAAAACAAAGUGGUCCUUAAGAAUAACUCCCAGGAGCUAGUAAUGGAAUAGAUGAAGGAGUUGAAACUUGUUGGCAGUUGAAACUUUUUCUUGUUAUAUGUCUUCACCUGAUUUUUCUUGUGCAAAGUUACAAAGAGGUGAGCACACUGCAGAACUACACUCAUAAUGACUGUCCUCUGAAUGUGUGGGAGGUACAGUGGUUUCUUUCUUAGUAUUUUUGUUCUUCUGCAUCUUUUCACCACAAAAUCUUACCAUCAACUGACAUUUGUUUCAGUAUCAUGGGCUGAAACCUCGGUAGUAGAUCUACAUUUAUAUAUGCCAUGCAUGGCUGUUCUUGUCAAACUGGAGAGCUCGGGCCAUGGCCUUGCCUUAGAUUAGCAAACUCUUGUGUUUUGUUUUCCCAAGGACCCAGAGAUGUAGAAACUUUAUGACAGUGCACUGUAUUCUGUCUUGGCUAAGUUCCACUUAGGAAACUUGUUGUCUGCUCGUCAGAAUUCCUCUACGGUGAGUAACAUUUCCUAAGCCUUUGUUAAUGAAAGCACAUGACAUUUCUUGGAGAAAUGAGCAUACUCUUUCAAAACUUACAAUCUAUGGAUAUUUCUGUAAGGAGGAGAAACAGAAAAGAAACCCCAUAUGCCAGCUGACAGCUGUGUUUUUGAUGGCACCCUUGGAAGAUAUUUAGGCUCUCAUUGAUGGUAGAGUGUGAGAAUUACAAACAGAAAACAAGACGCCAAUGAAUGGCAGAGUUAUUAUUAUGAAGGAAUAUACUUUGGUUUUGUCAAAACUUCUUGAAUUACCAUGUGUAAAGAAGGAACAUUUAAAUGCUGGGCUGUAAUGCUAUUUCAUGUUGUCAUUCUUUCUCCAGCCAAAGCUGAGGAAGUAUCUUUGCACUCUGAAAGUACUUUAGCAAAGACAGUGCAUUCAGGCUUCAUAAUCCGAGAAUCUCCAAUUUGGGCUUCUUUCAAAGCCUAGAAAUAUUAUUCUGGAAGUCACAUAGUUCAGACAACUGAAUCUUGAAAAAUUCUAGGCCUCCUAAGCAUGGGUUUGGAACUGCUAUUUGCCAUUGUUGAAAAAACAGCUCUGCUUUCUUCUUAGAUGAUAAUUUUUAUCUCAUUGCACAAACUGUUCCACCUAGAAGACAGCUGGCCCUUUGAAUUAGACUAAUGGGACAGUUUAUUUAUUUUGCUUUCUUCUGAGUGCAGAACCUGGAGCUUAGUUAUGAGAACUCAACUUCUCAGUCUCUGCAUGGCCCAGGUAGAGAUACUGCCCAUCUUUUGUGUAUCAUCCACCCUGCAGUACGGUUCAGAGGAUGUAACAUAGCCCUAAACUUCUGUGUUGCUCAAACAUUAAAUCCAUCGCUAAGAAGGUUGUGAACACCCUGGUAAAGCCCACUGUAUAAUGUUACAUAGAGGACAUUGUUCACUAGGGCAAAAUCUUCUGUAGUAGAGGCCACACAGGGCUGAAAUUGCAGAACAUAAAGAGGGAGUUUGUUACUAUUGAACGCAAACACGAAGCACUAAUUUACUUGAUUUCAUCCUGCAUCUCUAGCAAAGGAAUCUGCUGUAUCCGAGUAUGGUUGAAAUGGCAUCAGUUUUUUUUAGUAAUGCACUGGCAUAUUGUUCUCUGUCACCCACACAAGUCUAGUGAUUCUCAAUAAUCAUGCUUCCCAAGCAUUAGGUGAGUCACUACUAAUGUGUUUUCAGCAAAGUAGACCUCAGUUUGGUUCCCAUGGUGAUCAGAAGUGACAAUUAUUACAGACUGCUACUACUGUUCCUCUAGUGCGUGUACCCAUUAAAGAAGCUCUUAUCUGGUUAUAGUUCCUUGGAGUUUUGCAGUACAUUGUCAUCACUUCCUAUUGACAGCAAUUUGAACACUUGAACUGAAUUGGCUUUGUAGAGAGCUUGGCUGGAGGAGGGUGAUUUGUGGAAUAUUUUUGUUUUGCAAUGGAUUUAUAAACAGACCAAGAAAAUAGCUGUUCUGUAAACUUUCCACAAAGCAAAGGUGUGCCAGUAUUGCAGGAAACCGUUUGAGAUUGGGCUAAAUGCUUCAACCCAUUUUAACAACAAACUUUCACAGAACUUAAAGUGAUCAUAAUGGGAGCAAUUUUGUUUUACACAAUCUAGCAAUUUUUGCUGUAAUGUUAAGAGUCUUCAAACAUAGGAGUAUUCACCAGACAGCAGAAAUCUGCUUGUGAGUGCUUAGAACGGUUGCCACCCAUUCUGUAGGAAUCAAAUAGCUAUAGGUGAAGAUAGGAACUGCCGGUGAAACAGAUCUUUCCAGGAAGCAUAGUGAAGCUUCUUAAACCAAAACUCAUGAGCUUAAGCCUGUUAAGAAUAAGAGAGAUACCAUGGGAUGGAACCUGGAUGAAAUGGACUUAGAGUGCCAAAAAGGAGGAAAUAUGUGGAAGAAAGAGGAUUAUAUUAUGAUUAUGCUGUAAAGACAUUCAGAAGAAGGUCAGAAACUGAAAAUUAUGUAAAAUAAAGGAAAUAGUUUAAUUAAGCAUCUGCUCUAUUCUCUUGAUUUUCAUCUGUUGAACAUAGAGCAAGAAGUAGACAACUGGCAAAUCAUUUUAAGAUUGAAGAGAAGUGGAGAUUGGCCUACAGUUAGAAGUCUGAGAUGGCAACCUGUUGGGAAACAAUUUCUCUCCCUUUAUUUUUCUUUCUUUUUUUAAUGCCGUGUUUUGAGCCCAUUAACCUUAUAUGUCUUCUUGGAUAUUGCCAGGAUAUAUAAAUAUUCUACUUUCUCUUUCAAAUGGUGUUCCCUUUGCUUACAUCUCUCCUUGCAGAUUUAAACCUCUAGUCUCUUUGGAAGUUUGCAUCACUUUUGAAAAACAAUUUUAGGAAACUGAGAAAACACACAAGAUGUAAAAAUCAUUAACAGGCUUAGUUCAGGGUUAGAUUAUAGGACAUACAGAAAAGAAACAAGAGUUUAAUCUGAAAAGCAAAGCAGAGGUAGAAGCAAAGCCUUAGUUUAGUUAUGACAUAUAUUUUAAGUUGCUUGUAUAACCAAUGGAUCACUGUGCAUCUAGUUUAGAUCACAGCACUCUUAUCAGUGUUCAGGGAAUUAGCAGCCCACUUAGAGAGUUCUGUUUCUGGUCUUUGAUUCCAGUGUUAAAGGAAAAGACAGUGAUGUGUGAAGGAGAGGUAAUGUGAAGAACUAAAUUCCACACUUAACUGUCAUUGCCCAUGUUUUAUGUUUGCCAAAUCUCGGUGUUGUCUGCAGGAUAGCUUCAGCUCUAUAAAAGCUGAGCUCACUGAGUUCUUACUGUGAGGCCGUGAUUUAGAGAGACAUGUUAAUUGGAGACAGGUCACUUUCAGUAACUGUUUUGUGGGGGAGACUGGACUGUAGGAAAAUGUAAGACUGUUUAUUGGAGUUAAAGAGGUAUUCAGACUUCGGAGAGAGUCCAUGUUGCGUCACCACCAAACUCUACUUGACAGAACACAAACAUAGUGCCACGUUUAUAAAUAAAUAAAAUCAAGGAAGUAAUGCACACCUUUCAUUUUGAAUCUAAUGUAUUUGUGGUUUUGUACGUGGUUACACUGACUGUAACUUUGAAUAUUUUCCCCCAGCUAGGCUUGUGUUCCCCAAAUGAUAUUACUGUAAGGAAAAAACUUGGACAGAUUCCCACUACCUGGUUUUCCAUAGGAGCCUUGCAUGCUUUUGGGAAAUCAGCCAAAAGAUCUUCCAUAAAAUUAGAAGAUUUAAUUAGAUCUUAAUGUCUAAAUGGUAACAACUUGAGCAAACUCCAAGUAUCUGGUUAUUAUAACAGUGUGCGUCAUCUUUGAAGACUUGCAAGAAACAAGUUGCUUACUUCUUUUUCC